AUGGCAACUCCUAAAAGCCAAAUGCCUCUCCGUAUCAAAGGUCAAACGACAUGUUUACACCACAAAGGGAGACAACUAGAAUUUUAUUGUGAAAAAUGUCAGGAACUUGUUUGUUCAAAAUGUUUUUCUUCUAUACACAAAGCCCAUCCAGUUAGUGAGCUAAGUGAAAUCACUCCUCAGAAAGAACCAGACAUUAAAAACUUUAUAGACAGAACAGAAAAAAAUGACCUUGUACAAAUUGGAAAAUACAUCACCGCUACCGAUAACCUGCUUAAAGACAACACCAGUACUUUUCAGAAGCUGUCACAAAAGUUAAAAAUGCAAACGGAUAAAUUAAAACAAGAGCUGGACAUGCUAACAGCACAGACACUCUCUCUUUACCACAAAAUGGAAGAGGAUAAUACCAAGCUGAUAAAGAAAUACAAGCAGGACCUCGAGAUGUACGAGAAGCAACUCAAACAACAACUACAAGCAUGUAAAGCAGCUCUCCAGCGUGGUUCACACUUACAGAUUUAUGAUACGUUUUGUGAGAUCCAUUCUCCUAUAUACAGUCUCCCUGUAAAACCUGUCCUGGGUACUGCCAACUUCACUCCAAAUGAAAGUCCUCAAGAUAGCUUGAAAAAAGCCUUGGGAAAAGUUAUAACCUCAGGUCAAGGUCAAGCUUUAACUGACCAGGAUCGGUCAGUCUCAACAUCUGAUGAUAUGGGACAACCCUCUACACAACAACGGUCAGGAGCAUAA